AUGGCUGCGAGUUCGUUUGAUUCGGUUCUUGUGCUUGUGUGCGGCCUCCCUGCUGCUGGGAAGACGACACUGGUAAAACGUUUGGUGAAUAAUGGCAGCACUGCGUCAAGGCUGUACGAGCGGAUCUCUUUCGACGACAUCUACGAGCACGCGGCGGCAAACGAUGAAGAUCGCGAGUUCGAUCCCGACAAAUGGAAAGCGUCGCAGCAAGCUAUGCAACUGGUGCUGCUCGUCGACGACAACUUCCAGUACCGGAGUCUGCGCAAGCGCUUCUUCCAACUCGCCGUACAGCUGGAUUGCGGCUUUGCGGUGCUGCACGUGAACGUCGAGACAGAACUAUGCCGCGAACGGAACAAUUCUCGGGGAAUCAACGGGAAUGAAGGUGCGCGCGUACCUGACGAGGUCUUUCGACGGAUGGCAGCAGCUUUUGAAGCUCCCAACGGAGAUCAAAAUCCGUGGGAAGUUAGCACCUGCGAGCUGAAUGACGCUGUCGAAAACGACGGCAUCGAAGACAUAAUGGACACAUUGAUCAAGCGCGCGGAGGGUGAACUCAACGAGCGACGUCUUUUGCAGUUGAAGAAGCAAAGCGAUGAAGAGCAACAGCGCCGCGGUCGCCUUGGAAUGCAGCAAAAUGUCCUCCACCUAGUUGACCUGGGGCUUCGCCAAUGGGUAUCUGCAAAACUUCGUGACGGGGUUGCGUUACCAUCUGGCAUGACCAAAGCACGCUUAGCGUCUCAACUGAACCAGCGACGUAAAAGCUUUCUCGCGCUGAUCAAAGGCUCACCCGGCCACAUCGCAGACCUCUUGCACGACAAACCUAUCGCGGAAGUGGUGGUUUCGUUAGUUGUGCGCUUCCAUCAGCAAGAAUAG